ACAAACUAACAACAGUAGAGAGAAGUUUUUCCUUUCAUUUCCAUCUCUCUCCCUUCCCCCUCGGAUUCGGAUCCUAAUUCUUAGCACUUGGCCCCAUUAAAACCCUAGAUUACUCUCCCAUUAUCCACAGGUGGGACUGCAGAGGUUUACCCGCUCACCUGUUGAAAAAUGGAUUUAGAGGAUAAAUUUCUUGCUAAAGCAUAGAAGCAGCAGUGGAGACCAUUAGGACAUUGUUCAGUUCGCUUAUUGGACCUUAGCAAAGAAUUCUUUUCUUUUUCCCCCCACCUUGGAGGCCCCUUAAUAUGGUAGUCCCUCCCCAUGUUUCUGGGGUUCAAAGCCUUUCUUCCAGUGUGCAAAGCACACCAGAGAAAAAUGGGAACUCAGAUGAUGCUUCAAGAAGUCCAGAACUCCUUCAAGAGUUUCUGAAAUCUGGUCGCAAAAAGGAACUUCUUCGAACUUGUUCUGAUAAGGACAAGAAGCACACAGCUUCAUCGAAAAGCAAAAUAACAGAAUUUAUAAAGAUGGGUAACAAGACACUUAAGAGGCAGGAGUCAAAAAAAGCGUCUUCGAGUUCCAAUAAUCAGCCUUCCUCUAAGAAGCAGCAAAGAAAGGGGGAAAAUCCCACAAGAGUUAUACCUGCUUCUGAGAAAUCAUCAGAUUUGGGAUGUUCAAACUCAUGGAUAUGUAAAAAUUCUGCAUGUAGAGCCGUCCUAUCCAUUGAUGACAACUUUUGCAAGAGGUGCUCUUGCUGUAUUUGCCAUUUAUUUGAUGACAAUAAAGAUCCUAGUCUCUGGUUGGUUUGCACAUCUGAAAGUAGUGGGGGAGACUUCUGUGGGUUAUCAUGUCAUAUUGAAUGUGCACUCCAACGUGAAAAGGUGGGUGUUGUUGAUUUGGGGCAGUUGAUGCAGCUAGAUGGUAGCUAUUGUUGUGCUUCUUGUGGUAAAGUUUCAGGGAUACUCGGAUGUUGGAAGAAGCAGCUAAUCAUUGCCAAGGAUGCUCGUCGUGUUGAUGUGCUCUGUUAUAGGAUUUAUUUGAGCUACAGGCUGUUGGAUGGGACUUCAAGGUUUAAAGAACUGCAUGAAAUUGUGAAAGAUGCUAAGGCCAAACUAGAAACAGAAGUGGGUCCAGUGAAUGGUGUUUCUGCCAAAAUGGCACGUGGUAUUGUCAGCAGACUCUCUGUUGCUGGUGAUGUGCAGAAACUUUGCUCUGUUGCAAUUGACAAAGCAGAGGAGUGUCUGGCUGCCAUUUCUGAUGGAACAUCAAAUUGCGGAGAGGAUUCACUUCCUGCUGCUUGCAGGUUCUUAUUUGAAGAAGUGACAUCAUCAUCUGUUGUGAUCAUUUUAAUUGAAUUAUCCACUGUAUCGUCUGAUGAUAUUAAGGGCUACAAGCUCUGGUAUUGGAAGAGUAGAGAAGAAUCGCACACAAAAGAGCCAAUUUGCAUGUUUCCAAGAGCUCAGAGGAGGAUUCUGAUAUCCAAUCUUCAGCCUUGCACGGAAUACACCUUUCGCAUUGUUUCAUAUACAGAGUCCGGUGACUGUGGUCACUCUGAGGCUAAGUGUUUUACCAAGAGCGUAGAGAUUAUUCACAAGGAUCCCAUUUCUUCAGUUGCCCUGAAUGGCAAGAAUGUGAACGCCCAAUUUGGAGGAGGUACUUCUGGUUCAAAAAGAGAGCUAAAAUCUACUAUGUCUGUAAAUUCUUCUGGAUUCAAGGUUCGAGAACUUGGAAAGAUCCUACAUCUUGCUCGGGCUCAGGAGCAAGGAUACUUUGAAGGUUUUUGCAGUGCUGAUGCAGAAAAAUGUUGUGGAGCUAGCAAAGUGAUGAACUCUGAAACCUUAGAAGAUCAGUUGCCAUCUGUUUCGGGUGGGCUUGACUUAAAUGUUGUUUCUGUCCCUGAUUUGAAUGAAGAGCUGACCCCUCUAUUUGAGUCGUCCCGGGAUGAAGAUAAUGGGUGUACUUUGGAACAAGCUGUUGAGGCAGAUGACGAUGCUGCCUCUCAUGACAUGAAGAAGAAUGGUUUAGCAAGAUCACACGGUAGUGGUGAUUCCCAGACCUGGACCGGUAGGCCAAGUGGAGAAGUGUCAGCUGUUGAUUCCCGGGCAGAUCUGUGCAGGAAAAGGGAUGCACAUUCCAAUGAAGAGAUGCAUGACUGUGAUAGCACUUUGAUAAAUGGGUCACCAUUCCGUGUAUCCAAUGGCUCAGGUUCCUUGGAUGAAAAUUUUGAAUACUGUGUGAAGAUAAUCCGAUGGUUGGAAUGUGAGGGUCACAUUAACCAGGAAUUCAGGUUGAAAUUGCUGACUUGGUUUAGUUUGAGAUCAACAGAACAAGAACGUCGAGUGGUCAAUACUUUCAUCCAAACUUUGAUCGAUGAUCCUAGUAGUUUGGCAGGACAGUUAGAUGACUCAUUUUCAGAUAUCAUAUCCAGCAAGAGGCCAAGGAAUGGUUUCUGCAACAAGCUGUGGCAUUAAGUUAGGGCAGGGCAUCCAACAUUACAGGAUUUAUUUUUAUUCAAGAUUAUUUUUCCCAUGUGACAAAUUACUUCUGAUUGUUUUGCUGCUAUUUGUACAGGCAUUUUUCCUUAAAUCACUUUGGAGAAGUGAUUAAUUUAUGUUAUGGACAGGUUUGUCCAGCUAAAAGAUUGGUUUCUGCUUGCAGUGAUGCUUCCCAUUUUUCUGAGAAGCAAUGUCAUUGGAUGGGAGGCUUCAUGCUGUAAAAGGCAUUUGCAUGUGAGGCUUACUCCUGUAGCGUAGAAGGCAUUUGCACUCUCUGAAAUUCUACUAAUUACAUUUGAAGCAUUAGGGAUAGACAUCUAUAUUUAUGUGGAUACUGUUAUUGUUCUGACUUUAUUUAAAAGGAAGGUAGUUAAUUGAUGGCUGAAUUUAUUGUUA